GAAAAGCACAAACAACAGCGAAGCUGAAAACCCUAAAACAAAAAGACUCAUUUUCCAAUAUAUAAACCACGAAAACCCUUACUCGAAAGUUUUCCGCUGCUGCAUCAACAGAUCCAAAGAAGCCGUCGUCUACUCGCUCAAAUCUCUCGAAAUGGCUAAACGUCGUGGAGGAACAGCAGGAAGUAAGUUUAGGAUGUCAUUAGGUCUUCCAGUAGCAGCAACAGUGAACUGUGCUGAUAAUACUGGUGCUAAGAAUCUUUACAUCAUAUCUGUUAAAGGUAUUAAGGGUCGUCUUAAUAGAUUACCAUCUGCUUGUGUUGGUGAUAUGGUUAUGGCUACUGUCAAGAAAGGUAAACCUGAUCUUAGGAAAAAGGUUAUGCCUGCUGUUAUUGUUAGACAACGCAAAGCUUGGCGCCGUAAAGAUGGUGUUUUCAUGUACUUUGAAGAUAAUGCCGGAGUUAUUGUGAAUCCUAAGGGAGAAAUGAAAGGAUCUGCAAUUACUGGACCAAUUGGAAAGGAAUGUGCCGACCUGUGGCCAAGGAUUGCUAGUGCUGCCAAUGCUAUUGUUUAGUUUCCUGAAAGUCAUUUAGCAUCAAAUUUUUUGGUUUAGGUCUUUUUUUAUGUUUUUGGUUAGAUAUUAACAGAACAAAUGUUGUAGUCUGGUUAGAUAUUUGGAGGAGCUGUGUAAUAUUUGCAUUUGUUGGAUCUCUGCUAUAUUUUUAUCACUUUGCUUGGUUACUUGUUGGAUCUGUCAUGUUUCAGUCA